UCACCCGCGAAGGCGUUAUUGUGUAUUUUGGAUAAGGCAAAGAUAGAUAGAUAGAGAGAGAUACACACACACAGAAACGGAAGCGGAAUAAAGCGAGUUCGUUCCAAUGGCGACUCUGCAAUUCACAUUCACCGACUCAUCCACUUUCUGCAAACCGUUACCUCAACUACCUUCUAAAUCAGUUCUUCAUUCUCGAACUCGAAGCUUCGUCGUUAAAGCUUCUCUCGAACUCUCCAGAACCAGAAGACAGUUCAUCGCGGAAACCACAGCAAUUUCGGUGCUUGUUCCUUCUCAAUUGGCCAAAUCCGAAGAAACUCUUUCUGUGAGAGUUUACCUACCUAUCGAUCCCGGUGUUGUUCUUCUCGACAUCGCUUUUGUCCCUGACGAUCCCAACCAUGGUUUUCUUCUGGGGACGAGGCAAACGCUUUUAGAGACUAAAGAUGGAGGAAACACUUGGGCACCACGUUCUAUACCAUCCGCAGAAGAUGAAGAUUUUAACUAUAGGUUUAAUUCUAUCAGCUUUAAAGGGAAAGAAGGAUGGAUAGUGGGAAAACCUGCAAUUCUGUUGUACACUUCUGAUGCUGGAGAUAGUUGGGAAAGGAUACCACUCAGUGCUGAACUUCCUGGGGAUAUGGUAUACAUAAAGGCAACUGGUGAGAAGGGUGCAGAGAUGGUGACUGAUGAAGGUGCUAUAUAUGUUACCUCAAACAGAGGAUACAAUUGGAGGGCUGCUGUUCAGGAAUCGGUGUCAGCUACUCUUAAUAGAACAGUUUCUAGUGGUAUUAGUGGUGCAAGCUAUUAUACUGGAACUUUCAAUACUGUCAAUCGAUCUCCCGAUGGAAGGUAUGUUGCAGUCUCAAGUCGUGGCAACUUCUACUUGACCUGGGAGCCUGGUCAGGCAUACUGGCAGCCACAUAACAGAGCAGUUGCCCGAAGAAUCCAGAACAUGGGAUGGAGAGCUGAUGGUGGUUUGUGGCUUCUUGUCCGUGGAGGCGGUCUUUAUCUCAGCAAGGGCACAGGGAUAACUGAAGAAUUUGAGGAAGUUCCUGUUCAAAGCCGGGGGUUCGGCAUUCUUGAUGUGGGCUAUCGUUCAACGGAGGAGGCUUGGGCAGCAGGUGGUAGCGGUGUUCUGUUGAGAACUAAUAAUGGUGGCAAGUCAUGGAUCCGUGACAAAGCUGCUGACAACAUUGCUGCAAAUUUAUACUCAGUAAAGUUCAUUGAUGACAAGAAGGGAUUUGUAUUGGGAAAUGAUGGAGUCUUGCUUCGCUACCUUGGAUAGAGCUUUAAGCCUUUAAUUCAACAUGGUUUGUCAACUCAAUUGCAAUUUUGUAGCUGAUUAAAUAUGCAUGCUCAGUAUUCAUUACUCUGAAGAGAGCUCUUGGAUCAAAUCAAUUCCUUGGUGUCUUGCAAUCUUCACCACUAUGAAUCAAGCUAUAUUAUGUCAAUUUAUGUAUUUAACAUUGUAAUUGCCACGCUACUAUUACAUGGAAAUGCAAAACGCUGCAUAUAUGUUGUAAUGUAGAUGUAGAAGCCGAAUGCAUAGAUUCAACGACUAGUACAUGCGCCAUUUAUAGGUAGAGUUGUGACAUGCAUCA